UGGAGCUCUAGUGUGCGAGCGAGAGAGAACACACGUAGGGCAGCAUGGAGGCUAUUACGGCAUGUUAGCUGAAAAACUGAUACAUUUGUGAAAUAAGAUGAUUUCGUGUAAAAAUUUAUUCGUGUUUCGGCAACUGCCGUCGGCACUGGCCGCCACCGCGUGCUCCUCCGCCGCGCCAGCCUACCGGAGCAUAUCCAGUGCCUGGCGACCGCCUCCGCUGCCUCAGAAGCAGGCACAGGAACACAACCUCGUUCGGAGCUUCCACACUUCGCGGCAGGCGCAGGCCAAGGACUAUUACCAGACGCUGGGCGUGGCCAAGAACGCCAACGGGAAGGACAUCAAGAAGGCCUACUAUCAGCUGGCUAAGAAAUACCAUCCGGACACGAACAAGGACGACCCGGACGCCGGUCGCAAGUUCCAGGAGGUCUCGGAAGCCUACGAGGUGCUGAGUGACGAUCAGAAGCGACGCGAGUAUGACACCUAUGGCCAGACGGCAGAGAACAUGGGCCGGCAGGGCGGCGGCUUCCCUGGAGGCGGAUUCCCCGGCGGCGGUGGCCCCGAGGGCUUCUCGCAGAGCUGGCAGUUCCGUUCGAGCAUCGAUCCAGAGGAACUCUUCCGCAAGAUCUUCGGCGAGGGAAACUUUCGUUCCAACAGCUUUGAUGACUUUGCGGACUCCAAGUUCGGCUUUGGCCAGGCGCAGGAGAUGGUGAUGGACUUGACCUUUGCCCAGGCCGCUCGAGGCGUCAACAAGGAUGUCAACGUGAACGUGGUGGACCAGUGCCCCAAGUGCGCAGGCUCCAAGUGCGAACCGGGUACCAAGCCGGGACGCUGCCAAUACUGCAACGGCACCGGCUAUGAGACCAUCUCCACGGGCCCCUUCGUCAUGCGCUCCACCUGCCGCUACUGCCAGGGAACCCGCCAGCACAUCAAGUAUCCCUGCAGUGAAUGCGAGGGCAAGGGUCGCACCGUGCAGCGAAGAAAGGUCACCGUUCCGGUGCCCGCUGGCAUUGAGAACGGACAGACGGUGCGCAUGCAGGUGGGCAGCAAAGAGCUCUUCGUCACCUUCCGCGUGCAAACGAGUGACUAUUUCCGACGCGAUGGCGCUGAUGUACAUACAGAUGUGGCCAUCUCCCUAGCCCAAUCGGUGCUAGGAGGCACUGUGCGAGUUCAAGGAGUCUACGAGGAUCAGUGGAUCAAUGUGGAGCCGGGCACGUCGUCACAUCACAAGAUCAUGCUUCGCGGCAAGGGACUGAAGCGGGUGAAUGCCCACGGUCAUGGAGAUCACUAUGUGCACAUCAAGAUCGCGGUGCCUGAUAGCAGAAAACUGGACGAGAAGCGACGGGCUCUGAUCGAGGCGUACGCCGAGCUGGAAGAGGACACGCCGGGACAGAUACACGGGAUUGCGCGGCGCAAUGAUGGCAGUAAGAAAGCAACCGCAGGUGCGAGUGAAGGAGGAGCAGCCAGCUCAGCAGGAAAAGGAGAAGGAUCAGGAUCCAGCUCCAGCACCGAUAAAGGCUCAAAAGCAUCAGCAGCAGACAAAGACCACCAGCAGCAGCCGGGCCAAGAGGAAGCCAAAACGAAAGAUGCCAGCGGAUCCGGACAAGGCGACAGCGGAGGCGGAGGCUUCCUAAACAAAAUCAAAUCCAUGUUCAACUAACCCCUAGUUCCCUCAACUUGGUGGCCUAUUGAUUCUGUUUUUUAGUGUCUAAGUUACGCACGUUAUUGUUGCUAAGGCUUAAUCUAAGUUCGGGGCGAGAACCGACCAAGUGAUUGAUGUAUUCCAAAUACGAGUUGGAAGAGUUGCAAGAGCGAAGGAUGGAAAUGUGAAUAAAUACCAAAUUGACCGUCGUUCGAGGCAAGACAAAAAAAAGAA